AUAAUCUUAUUGUGUAUAUAACACUGAAAACACGGCUUCCCUCUUUAGUCUCUCGUUGGACGGAAUGCGCACGUACGACUACGUUUAUCGUCAAUCAAAGUCCUCUAAAACAUAUACGUUAUUUUAACGUUUAUAUUAAAUGUAUAGAACAUUUACCCAUUUAGUAUUUUAGUCCUCACUCGUAAGUCGUCGGCAUAGGUCGCGCCGCACACCGUAUUACCUAUAGCUGCUGCAGUACAGUAACAGUCACAGGACAGUUAUAAGACUAAACUUACAAAAUGUUCAAAUCAAUAAUUUUCGCCCUUGUGGGCUUAUUAAUCUUCAGUUUUGGACGCGUCGAUGGUGCAACGGUCCGCGUCGACCUGAAUCCGUUGUCGGACGAGUUCAUCGACCACAUAAAUUCAAUACAAUAUUAUUGGAGCGCCGGCCGCAAUUUUCACAAGGACACGCCGAUUUCUUAUAUCAAAGGAUUGAUGGGUGUACACGAGAAGAACGCAGAAUACCCGAAAUUAGAACAACUGUUGACUUACAAUGACGCAUCGACAGAUCUGCCGGAAACUUUCGACGCUAGGGAACGUUGGCCGAAUUGUCCAACUAUUAGAGAAGUCAGGGAUCAAGGAUCAUGCGGGUCUUGUUGGGCUUUUGGAGCUGUAGAAGCUAUGUCAGACCGUGUCUGCAUUCACUCUAACGGCACUAAAAAUUUCCAUUUUUCGGCUGAGAAUUUAGUUUCCUGUUGCUGGACAUGCGGUUUCGGAUGCAAUGGAGGCUUCCCAGGAGCAGCAUGGAACUAUUGGAAAACUAAAGGCAUUGUUAGCGGUGGUCCAUAUGGAUCCAAUAUGGGAUGUAUUCCAUAUGAAAUUGCUCCGUGUGAACAUCAUGUGAAUGGUACUCGAGGACCAUGUAAAGAAGGAGGUAAAACUCCUACUUGUGUUAAAAAAUGUGAAGAAGGAUAUAAAGUGCCAUAUGCACAAGAUUUGCACCACGGUAAAUCUGCAUACUCCAUUAGAAAUGAUGUCGAUCAAAUACGACAAGAAAUUUAUACCAAUGGUCCAGUCGAAGGGGCAUUUACUGUAUAUGAAGAUUUUAUAGCUUAUAGAGCUGGAGUAUAUAAACAUGUUGCUGGUAAGGCUCUUGGAGGUCAUGCAAUUAGGAUCCUUGGAUGGGGUGUUCAGAAUGGUGAAAUACCAUACUGGUUGGUAGCUAAUUCUUGGAACACUGAUUGGGGUAGCGAUGGCUUUUUUAAAAUUUUGAGAGGAAGUGACGAGUGUGGUAUUGAAGGACAAAUAAAUGCUGGUUUACCAGCUUAAUUUACAAUUGUUUCAGAUAAAACAUUUAUAUACCUACCCCAACUUUUAUAUUUAAUUUAAUUUAUUACAAGUAAAAACAAAUUAUUAUUAUUAUAUAUUUUUUUUAAUGCUUAGAGCUUAUUAACUAUUAUUAACUAAUCUGAUUUUGAAUAGAUACAAUAAAUAAUAUAAUAAAAUAAAUACGAUUAUAUUAUAAUUUAUGUUUGUAUACCUAAUUGAUUUUUAUUUUGUAUGUAUUAAUGAAAGUUGAAAUUAUUUGAACUUAAUAAUUGUUUUACUAUUAUUAAUAUUUAAUAACAAUAACUUAAAUUAUUUUGUUGCUUAUUUUAUGUGAAUAAAUAAGUGAGAACAAGCCUACUCUCGAAACAUGCCAAUUUUAUGGAUUUCCGUGCACUUUAUUACCACUGUAGGUUUAACUUUUAUUAAUAUUAAGUUAUAAUUUUUGAAAUAUCUCAUUAUAACUUUUAAUAUCAAUAAAUCAACAACUUGGCAACAAAAUAAUUAAAUAACUAGAUAAUCACAUUAAAUUACAUAGUUAAUAAGUUGCUAUGAACUAACUAUCAGGUAUUAGGACAAGUGGACAAAACUAUCAUAUUAAAAAGGCUGGUUCAAUGAAUAUAAUAAAUACAUUUUUUUUAAUUAGUAUAUUAGGUAGUUGAAUUAAAUUAGAAUUUACUUCCUGUGAGAAAGUCAUAAUAAAUAUUUAAUAUUAUACAAAUAAAACAAUAAGACUAUUAAAUACUACCUAUCAUGAGUUAUCUACAUAAAUUAAAAUGUUCAUUCUUAAAUAUCAUGUUUUUGUUACACAAGUAAUAAUUUAACAAUACAUUUGUUUUAUUUUUGUAAGUUCAUUGAAAAGUAAAAUUGAUUUAUAAUAUUUAACUAAAUAAAAAUCUGAUUAUAUAGGAA